ACGCGCGAGAAGGAAGUUGAAUGAGCACGUGAAAGAGCGAGCAGUCUUUUCGGUUGCGGUAAAAAAUUGGCCGACUAGGUGUGCAUUGAGUAUUGAGUAUAGUUAGCAAACAGACGAGCAACAACAACAGAGACCAACUGGUGCAUUUCUCUGUGAUCCACCUGUGAUGAUUAUGAAUAUGGUGCAGAGACUUUCAUGGUGGCUGACACUUACAUGGCUGGUGGCAGCUCUAAGCACAGUCAAGACAGCGAUGGUUUCUAGGUUUCCAGUGAAUUUCAGGCAUAAUCAUAAAACGGCUUUCAGGAUCUUUUACCAAACAGGGAACAGUGAAUCAGAUCUUCCAGAAUGCCCACCUAUGGUUGUAUGCAACAGGGUGGAUACAUACUCCACUCCUUGGAUAGAAAGGCAGUGCCGCUGCCCUGGAAAGAAAAUCUGUUCCAUGUCUAUGGAUCCUCGAGACGGUUUCACCGUCAUGGACAAAUCGAGGCAACUAAAGCUAUGCGAGCCAGUAAGCAGACUGCCGACUUGUGGCUAUUUCCGGGACAUAGCCUGGACUCACGCUAUUUAUCCAGACAACACGACAAAACAGACAGUACAUUGCAUGUGCCCCAAGAACAGUGUAGCAUAUAUAUUAAGACAUGAAGUAUACAACACACAAGACGGCAUGACUGUCAUAUACUUCAUGGCUUGUUCUCCACUGAGUAAAAUGCGUUGCCAGAGAAAGGAACCCUGCCGGCUUUUCACUGUGACGAAAAGGCCGGAUGUCGAAGAGGUAAGCAUGAACACUCUUUGCCAAUGCCCCCAUGGCCAUCGCUGCCCGCAGCAUCACACUGAACCAUCGGUCACAGGAGGCUCUACAAGUUUUACAGGAGAACCCGUUCGAACUUACAGCGGUUACUGCACUUCGGAGAUGCUUUGAAUUAGAUCCGGCACUAUUCCUUCGUUCUAAAGGUUCUUACCAGACACCAACAUUUGGUAGGGAGGGGGUGAAUAUAAUAUCUCCGCAGCUUAAACCAACAGAAAUUUUAUUUUUAACAGAAGAAUGAUCUAACUAACAAAACAGCCAAUUUCAUAUUUCAAAAUUUACGACAAUCUGGGAAAGAAAAAAAAAAAAAAAAGUCACAACAAAUGCGCAGCUUUACAAGUAAUUUAAAAACUCAUAAAUUAUGUUAGGGACGGCAUAGAAAUUAAUUGCAUUUGAAUAUUUAGAAUAAUCAGCGACUACAGCCUUUGAAAAACAGAGUUAUUUGAGAGUGUAUCGAAAUUUCGUUUAAUAUAAACUUUCCGCAUUGAUUCAUAUACAUUCUAAAAUUUGUACAUAAUUUUUUUUUCAUGUAGCUCUAAACAUUUCUGUAGAACCAGAGUCGUAGCUAGGGUUUUCAGCGCCCAGGAACAACUGAAGAUUUCGCGCCCCCUACUGCUUGCCAAGGAUGGAAAACAUUUAAUUCUAAAAUGUCGUAACAUCAGUUUGGCGCCCUUUGGAUUCUGCGCCCGGGGACAGAUGCCCCCUUGCCCCCCCUCUAGCUACGUCCCUGUGUAGAAUUCAUCUCAUAAAUCCAUUAUUAGUUAUUUUUAACGUUUCCGUUUGUUAUAUCUAUAAACAUAGUAAACCAUAUAACAAGGGGAAAAAUUCCUUUAAUACUGAUAUUAAAAUAUUUACACUUAAUUUUUUUUGGGGGGGGGAAAGGCGAAACAAUAUCAGUUUUUACAUGCUACCCCGAGCUUUAUUUUCAGUUUUAAUACGUUGGUUAAAUCACGAGUGAGAAUGCACGUUUUUAAAGAACAUUUUUACGCGAGUAAGUAAGGAAGCAAAAUGGAGUAAAGUUUUUCAUUAUAACAUGCAGAUUAAAAAUUAAAAAUUCAGAUUUACUCUACAUUUUUCUCUGAAUAUUUUUUUUUUCCUGAAUUAAGAUGAAUAGAGGUAAAGAUAAGUAUGCAUAAAUGUCUAAUCUAUUCAUAAUUUAUAAUUAAAUACUUCUAAACAUAAAAUGCUCACGCAAAACAGCAAUUGAUAAACAACCACAAUUGCAAUUUUACAUCCCAUAGCGAAAAUUUUUCCUCCUUCUCAGAUCUUUUAUCAUUAAGAAGCAAUUUUAAGCAUGGCAGAAACGAUGCACUUCUUUGCAUAUAAAUGCGAUUGGAGACAGGAGAAUAAACUAUUGUGAGGGGCUAAGCGAAUAAUGCUGCUCAGACAUCCAGGGCCUCUAACAAAUCAGCAAAGGUUUCGCUUCAAGAGUUGGAGAUCUUCCGAGGUGGAUGUGGGAGAAAGUCUUUCCCGAGAUGACGGGAAAGGAACGAAGUCCCUUGUAUGAAACGACCCGCGUCCUGCGAGGUGAAGUCCACAGUUCAAGAGUGAUACGGCCGAAUGGCUAGCAGCGGUCAGAGGUCCUCUUGCUGAUUUGCUUGGCCUUUCGCAGAUCCGAGAAGGGAGCAUAACUAUGGGAACUACGAGGAGGGCGAACCCUUCCCAUGCUCGGCCUGCGAACCAAGACGAAUCCGACAAAAUAAUUGCAAACAGUAGGUCGUAGGGAAAGGUUGAAACCUAAGAAGAUACCCAAGAUUUCUUAACUGCUUCGCGAUUCUCAUGAUUUUGUGUCGUCAUGAGGCCCCCUCAAGCACUGAUGACCCUGGGAAGCAGAGGCGGUGUCACCGAAUUUCAUUUGUAGAGUAAUCAUUUCAGUCAUCUUAUCGUAGUUCGAUAAUGAUGCAGUGAUCAAGAAAAGAAAAAAAAAACCUUUGUUCUCGAAGCGAAUUCGUAAUGUCUCCAAACGCUUUCGCUCACCACUACUUUUGUUUUCGAAAAUCUUCUCGCGAUAUUUUGACUCUCCACUUCCUUAGAUUUUAGAGAAUAAUUUAGCUCAGAUUUCUUUUCAUAGCGAUACAAUUCUUUUUAUAAAUUUCGGUUAUAUGCAUGACAAAAAUGACUAAUCAUAUAACCAUUAAUUAUGCUAAACCAUAAGAAUUACUCAAAGGAUGCGCAGACAAUGCUACUAUUAAAAUCAUGAUUUUCGUAUGGUGUGAGACAAAACACCGUUUUCCCUACUUGUAUCUAUACUUUUAAACAAUAACACACAUAAUUAUCAUGCAUUGGAUUCUUGAAAUGAUUAUAGAAUAUAUCCAAUACAAAUCAAUGGAAAAAUCUAAAAAUAUACUACUUUAACACAAUUAGAUACUUAUGAAAACUAAAAUAAUCUGUUUUUAGGCUUUCGGAUAUGCACAUGAACGGCGCUAAUAUCCCAAGUCCUUCCGUUUCAAGAAUUCAAAUUCUCAUAUAAACAAUGAUUUGUUGUGACUAUAUAAGAUUAUUUCCUUCUUAUAAUACUUGGCGGGGGAGGGGAAAACUGUGUACUUUCUGGAGAAUUUUAUAUAAUUAUUUUAAAUUCUGAAAGGAAAAUAUUAAUUAUAUAUACGUAAUUAAUAUAAUAAUUAUUCCUGUUUACAUG